AAACCCAAAAAACAAAAAGCAGAGACCACCCUGGGAAUUCAGCUAUCAUCUUAUGCCAAGAUGUCAGGAAUUGGAAAUAAAAGAGCAGCUGGAGAGCCUGGAACAUCCAUACCUCCAGAGAAGAAGACAGCUGUUGAAGAUUCAGGGACCACAGUGGAAACAAUUAAGCUUGGGGGUGUCUCUUCAACGGAAGAGUUAGACAUUCGAACACUGCAAACCAAAAAUCGCAAGCUGGCAGAAAUGCUGGAUCAACGGCAGGCCAUUGAAGAUGAACUCCGUGAGCACAUUGAAAAACUGGAACGACGACAGGCCACUGAUGAUGCUUCACUAUUGAUUGUCAACCGGUAUUGGAGUCAGUUUGAUGAAAACAUACGUAUCAUCCUUAAACGUUACGAUCUGGAGCAGGGUUUGGGAGACCUACUCACAGAAAGAAAAGCCCUUGUUGUGCCUGAACCAGAACCAGACUCUGAUAGCAAUCAGGAAAGGAAAGAUGACCGAGAGAGAGGGGAAGGGCAGGAGCCAGCUUUCUCUUUCCUUGCUACUUUGGCCAGCAGUUCCAGUGAAGAGAUGGAAUCUCAGCUGCAGGAGCGUGUGGAGUCCUCCCGCCGAGCUGUGUCCCAGAUUGUCACUGUCUAUGAUAAAUUGCAAGAAAAAGUGGAGCUCUUAUCCCGGAAGCUAAACAGUGGAGGUGAGGCAAGAACCUGGAAAUAGGGAACGGUGGGGAAAGAAUAAGAACUCACCUUCGCACGCCAAUUUGUAGUUUGCAAACUUACAUAUUUGAUUUUAAUUAAAUUCCUUGUAAUCCUAAUCUUCACCAUUACCAGUAAUGUCAUUACUAUGGCAUAUUAGCAUUGUACGAAUGCUUCACAUUUGGAGCCAUGUGAUAGUCCUUUAAAAAGCUGAGGAAAGAUUUUAUCAACCCUAUUGUAAUACUCUGUUAAUUAGUCACUUUUGUAAGUAGCAGAAUUAAUUUUUACUAUUUAGUAAAUAGCUAUGAUUUUUGAACAUUUGUGUAUAUAGGCUACUAAUAUAUAGGCUAUUGGUUUAUUAAUGAUAAUAAAUACUUUAUUGCCAGUUUUUUAAAAA